AUGCCCGAUUCUGGAGAGAAGAACUGGCCUCCCUUUCGUCCUGUGAUUAGGCAUGAUAUCGAAGCUGAUAUAUUGCUGGAUGAGGCUCAGGCAUUAGCGAAGCGUUCAUACAUUAUAUUUCUAUUCUACUAUGUGGCACUCCUUGGCAAUCUUGCAGCAAUGAUUGCUCAGGAAAUAACAUAUAAGAACGUAAAAUUUGGAAUCGUAUUAGGAAUCAUUUAUCUUCUGAUCGUGCCACCCUUGGAUUUCUUCGCUCGACAUUACAGCUUAUAUAUUGGAUUGAAAAAUGAUAGUAAAAUAAGUUUCCGCUGGUUCUUUGUCAUACAAGCGUUUGAUAUACUCUUUGGUAUAUUCAUCCUGGUAGGGUGGUCGUACGGAGGAGGCGGUGGAAUAAAUGCUCUGGUAUAUAGCUUUAAGGAUAAGCAUUACGUAGCUGGAGCAUUUUCUGCGUUAUGCGUGAUUUUGAUCUCGAUUCAACUAUUCUUGUCCUUCAAAUUAUGGGUCGACGCGUACAAGUAUUUCAAAGAGAAAGGAUGGAAAUUGUUGCCUGGAAA